AUGUCUGAUCCCGCCGACGACGCCACCAACACAACUCCCAGCGUCACGGACAACGCCGUGGCGACGGAUUCGGCACCCGAGCAGGCAGCGGAGACCGCUAAAUCGACGGCGGAGGCUUCCGAGGGUGAUAUUCCGGCUCCGGCGGAAAAUGACGCAACCAACGAAGAACCCACGAAGACCACCGCCACCACCGCUAAGGACAAGGCCCCUGAUGCUCUGGAGGCAGCUGAACCCAAGAAGUCAGCCUUAGAGACAGAAAGUGCUCCUUCCGCCGCGGUGGAAGAUACCGCCGCCACCCUCAGCGAAGUGAGCAUUGAUGACCACUCCGAAACGUCAUCUGAAACAAAACAAUCAGCGAAACCGAAAAAGAAGAAGGCGGUGGGUUUCGCCGAGGAACCAGUGGAAGAGCUCUGGCAACACCAUAAACAGGUGGAAAAGAAGCAGCGCCAGGAGAUGAAGCUGCACCCGUUUCAGAAAGUGCCCCCCGAAUUGGCCUACUUGGAAAAGAAGAACAACCCCGGCCCCCAGCCCAUUGAGAAGAAGCCCACCAAGCGCCAGCCGAGUCAGGCGUCGUUGGGCAAGCUCGGCGACUUGCGGAACAUGCCGAUCAAGGAGCUCUCGGUGCAGAACAAGCGCACCGAGAUCAACUUCCACCACACCCUGGUGUGGCUCCCCGUGCUGAAAAACCAGGUGCUUGUCGACGUCGAGUACGUGUCGCUCCAGCUGAUCGACUUAGCCAAAAUUAACCGCUAUGGUCUCAAUCUCCUGGAAAAGAAAGUCGGGUUGGGUUACGAGUACGCCGGUACCGUGAGCCAUAUCGGCACGAUUAACCUGUACGAGAUUAAAGUCGGUGACCGUGUCUACGGGAUCAUUCCCACCGAAGGCCACAAGGGGACGAUGUCGUCGAGUUUGGUGAUCCUGCUUACUAGUGACAUCUACGUCAUCAUCGACGACGACAUGUGGGCCAAGAUGGACGAAACCAACAUCAAACUCGAUUUCCUGAAACCGAAGGACGAGUUCGAAAUCGAUCUGGACGACGACGGCGACAGCGAAAGCGUGGAGGCAGCGAGAGAACACCACCAACAACAGGCUCGCCGGGCCUCUGACGCCACCUCGACCUCCGUCACCACUACUGGCUCUAACAAUAUCUUCCACAAAAAACGGUCAAACCCGUUUGCUCUUAACCAGUCAUACUACCCGCCCAUGGCCAAAUUCUCGGCGAUCUCCGAGUGCUACUGCCGCGCCCGCCAGGUGCUCGACCACUUGAAGGUGACCACGAGCGCCUCGGUGUUGAUUAAUGGUGGUGACACCAUUCUCGCCCAAACCAUCUUGCAAGUGAUGUUUGCUGAGUACGAGCAAUUGGCUAAGGCUAAUGUCAUUUUAAUUGUGGCUGACUCUAAUAAGGAACGCACGGAAGCGUUCAUUGAGAACUUGAAGCAAGUGUACUAUGACCCUGCCAAGACGUUCACCUUCUCCGUCGUCACCUUUGACAUGGCCCCAAUUGCCUUCAUCCCGGGGAAGCCCACUCCGGAGGAAUUGGCGGUCACCAACUACAAGAAGCUUGACUACUUUGCCGUCGAAGUCAUCGAGAAAUUGUUUGCCAACCACAACGCUCACAUCGGCCCGCCCGUACUUGCGCUGACGGUCAACGAGUGGAAACUCGAUUUGUUCGUCGACAUCAUUGGCCUGAAAAAGUACUUCCAGCACUCAGUUGGGUUGGAUAAGAUGGACGAGAUCCAGUUCCCCGUGCACGAACACUUGGGGGCGCCGCUCUACGAAGUGUUCAACGGCAAGGACAAACUGCCGUUAUUCCUCAAACUCCUCAAACCGAAGAAGUACAAGCUGGCGUUCGUGCUGUUAUGUGAAUGGAACGUGAAGAACCCGCUGUAUCUGAUGGACAAGUUACAACCCUACAAGGAGCUGAAACUGGCGUUGGGCAACUCGUUGUUCAACGUGAUGCUGUACUACAACUAUUACGACGAGCUGAUGUUGCGGGCCUCGGAGAAGUGGUGUAUCAACGCUUACCAGUUGGUGGUCCAAGAGAAGCUCAAGUUUGAUAUCGAUGCAAUCGUCGACUGGAGAGAUAACACGAGAAAAUACCUCGCCGAAAUGAGACAGACGGACAUGAAGAUGAUCUUCAAGGUGGAAAAAAUCUAG